GCGUGCAGGAGCAGUGAAGGGCUGAGCCCCGGGCAUGGCGGAGACCCCGAGCCCCUGCGCCCCACGGGGCCAGUGUCAGGCCAACGUCUCGUCGGCCAACGUGGACGCCAACGCCUCCCUGGCUGCCUCUGCGCUGGUGGGCAGCACCGCGUGGAGGGGUCGGGAGCCCUUCUCCAUCUUCACCGUCCUCAUCCUGACCCUACUGGUGCUCCUGACCGUAGCCACCUUCCUCUGGAACCUGCUGGUGCUGGCAACCAUCCUGCGAGUGAAGGCUUUCCACCGGGUGCCCCACAACCUCGUGGCCUCCACGGCGGUGUCGGACGUGCUGGUGGCGGCCCUGGUGAUGCCGCUGAGCUUGGUGAAGGAGCUGUCGGCCGGGCGGCGGUGGCGGCUGGGCCGGGAGCUGUGCCUUGUGUGGGUCUGCUUCGACGUGCUGUGCUGCACGGCCAGCAUCUGGAACGUGACCGCCAUCGCCCUGGACCGCUACUGGUCCAUCACCCGCCACCUGGAGUACACGCUGCUCACCCGCCGCCGCAUCUCCAACGUCAUGAUCGCUCUCACCUGGGUGCUCUCCGCCGCCAUCUCCCUCGCCCCCCUCUUCGGCUGGGGGGAGACCUACAGCCCCGAGCAGGAGCGCUGUCAGGUCAGCCAGGAGCCCUCCUACACCAUCGUCUCCACUGGUGGGGCUUUCUACCUGCCCCUCUGCGUGGUGCUCUUUGUCUACUGGAAGAUCUACAAGGCGGCCAAGUUCCGCGUGGGGGGCCGCAGGAGGAACGCCGUGGUGCCCCUGCCUGCGGCAGCCCAGGUGAAGGAAGCUUCGCAUGAACCACAGAUGGUGUUUACAGCUCGUCGUGCAGCUAUCACUUUCCAGACAGAUGGAGAAACAUGGAGAGAACAGAAAGAGAAAAAGGCAGCUCUGAUGGUUGGCAUCUUAAUUGGAGUUUUUGUACUGUGCUGGAUCCCUUUUUUCAUCACAGAAUUAAUAAGUCCCCUCUGUUCCUGCAACAUCCCACCCGUCUGGAAAAGCAUCUUUCUUUGGCUUGGCUACUCCAAUUCUUUCUUUAAUCCUCUCAUUUAUACAGCAUUUAACAAAAAUUACAACAAUGCCUUCAAGAACCUUUUUGUAAAGCAGAGAUAAAAGGGGACACAGAGGAGAAAAUUGUUCCUUUACUUAUUGCAUAAUACAGAGAUUUCUUGAGGGAAGCAUGCCUGUCAUAUGAGCUACUUGAGGGGAUUUAGGAACAAUGAAAAAGAAGAUGGAAGAUGUUUGGAUAUAAACCUACUGACAGUUUAUAGUUCCCCCUUGGAAAUAUAUAUAUGCUACUCCAGGGUUUGGCAAAGAAGAUGGAAGCAGUGAAAAACUCCCAUCCGCUCUGGAACCAACACGUGGUAAGGUCUGCAGGCGAAGCACUCUGUGUGUCUAAUACCAUGACUGUGGAACCUAACUGGACUGAUCUCCUCUGGCCAGCUACAGGUGCCAUUCUGUAGCUCUCUCGUUGUUAGCAAAGGCACCAGCGGGAACUGCUAAUUGAACAAUACUGAAAUGUUUGUGAUACGGGCAGGACGCCGCCUUCAUUUUGAGAUUUAUUUGGAAGGGAAUAAACAUGCUGGAUUCA